AUGAUCGAGGUGCCCGCUUCCAAAAAGGAGUGCUUCUUCGAAGACUUGCACUCAAACGACCAGAUGACCGUGACCUAUCAAGUAGGCGGAGGAGGACAUCUUGACAUCGAUUUCUGGCUAGCAGACCCAGAGAAUCUCGCCCUUGGGAAACAUAUAAAACAAUCAACAGGAUCGGUAUCUAUCACUGCAGAUAAGGAUGGCCGUUAUGAGUACUGCUUCUCGAAUCAAAUGAGUACUUUAGCUGACAAGAUUGUCAACUUCAACGUACAUGGAGUCGUAUAUGUUGGCGAAGAUGAAACAAUCGCGCCUAUUGAACGAGAGAUCCGUUCACUCGCUGUGGGCCUGCAAACCGUAAAAGAUGAGCAGGAGUACAUCGUUGUUCGCGAGAAAAAACAUCGUGAUACCGCCGAAUCGACAAAUUCCCGCGUUAAAUGGUGGUCAAUAUUACAAACUGCCGUAUUGUUUUCUGUCGUUGCGUUCCAAGUGUAUUAUCUCAAGUCAUUCUUUGAGGUCAAAAGGAUAAUUUAG